GUGGUGGCUGGAUGUUUUUUUUCCUUCCUCAGGGGUGGUGGCCGCUGUUUGGCUUCAGAGCUUCCCGAUCAGCACACGAAAGCAUGGGAAUGUUGCGAGGGAAUUUCUGAGUAAACUUGUGUUAAAGUGCGAGAUAAGUUACUGUAAGUUCCCCCACACGCUGUUCCACAACCCAGGAGCUCCGCCGUACCACCGAAAAGGCCGUUAGCGGACCGCGGUUGUGACAUUUUCACCGGCGAUCGAUCCCGGACAAAGGAAAAGAGACUUGUGAGCUAACGUUAGCUGGCUCCCGGGCUAACUUAGCAUUCCUCUAGCUGCGGCGCAAUGCAGGCCAUAAAGUGUGUCGUUGUCGGAGACGGAGCUGUGGGUAAGACCUGCCUGCUCAUCAGCUACACCACCAAUGCCUUUCCUGGAGAGUACAUCCCCACAGUGUUCGACAACUACUCCGCCAAUGUUAUGGUGGAUGGGAAGCCGGUGAACCUGGGCCUUUGGGAUACAGCAGGACAAGAAGACUACGACAGACUCCGCCCACUUUCAUACCCACAGACGGAUGUGUUUCUCAUCUGCUUUUCGCUUGUAAGUCCGGCCUCAUUUGAAAACGUCCGUGCCAAGUGGUACCCUGAGGUGAGACACCAUUGUCCCAACACUCCCAUUAUCCUGGUGGGUACCAAGCUGGAUCUGAGAGAUGACAAGGACACUAUGGAGAAGCUGAAGGAGAAGAAACUCUCCCCAAUUACAUAUCCUCAAGGACUGGCGAUGGCCAAAGAGAUUGGUUCCGUCAAGUACCUGGAGUGCUCAGCCCUGACUCAGCGUGGCCUUAAAACUGUGUUCGACGAGGCCAUCCGGGCCGUCCUCUGCCCUCCACCCGUCAAGAAGAAGGGGAAGAAGUGCUCUCUCCUCUAAGACUUCCUCCACUGGAACGGUUACAGGGGAACAUGACCGCUAGUGGUGAGGGUGGCUAAAGACACAGGAGAAACACACCAGUAUACAUACAUAUAUAUAUACACACACACACACACACACACACACACACACACAAAAACAAUGUACUUCAGAUUCUUUCCUUCCAUAAGUGUAGCUACAGCAGUUAUACCAACCGUUUCCAUGAAAACAAUUUGACAUAGGGUCAGAUUUAGGAGGUUGGAAGAUCAUAGACCCUAGUUCUUUCCCAUCAUCAUAUACUGUAUAGACAAGUGAAAUGAAAUUCUUGAGGCCUUCUAAAAUGGAUUGGAUGUUUUGUAAAAAAAAAAUGGACCGUGGAAUGUUUUCAAUUUGUUUUUCCACUGGUUGUCAACCUUUUAUUUUAUUUUUUUGUUUACAGUCUUUAUUGUUUUGAGUGGAAGAAACAUUGCCAAAUGCAUUCUGCCGACGUGCUGUAUUUUAGCAGAAGAAAAAAAAACCUUUUUGUUCUUUUGUCUCAGACCUUUAAACCUUCAAAAUCCAGCUGACGAUUCGCUGUCGUGUGCCGCUGUUUGUUCAGCUCCAUGAUCAAUGGCAUUAUAGCAGUUUUUCAGUUUCACUUUGUGAGGGCAGUCAUGUGUCACCGCACUGUCAACCAGGAACUUGAAGUAACCAUCUGUGAAGUUCUUUUUUUUUUGCCUCAAAUUAGUUAGCUGUUUUCAGUCCGAGCACACGAUUCAUGUUAAUUCAUUUCUAAUGAAUUGACUGAUGCCUGAAACAUACUGAAAUCUCAGACUGGGAACAGAUCUUCCGACACCAACAGUGCUAUUACAACCUUUAAAAAAAAUCAAGAAAUGAUCCAGUAUUUUGUGUUUGGCUCCAGUCAAGUCUAAUGGUAUUUUCUUUCCUCUUUUGCAAUGUUUCCCCUAGAAGUGUUUCAACUGUGUAGCUGCCCAGGAGUGCAAAGCUGAAAACUUUAUUAGAUAUCGGAUUAGAACUGUUUAGGUGUUUUGGUGGCGGGGAACAAGAGCACCUUUAAUGCUCUGUGGGCAUUUAUCAGAAACCUUUUUGUGCAGCACAUUAUGAUUUUUAAUAGCAUCACUACUGGCUAAGCAAUGUCACUAAGAAGAGCAUCAAUGCCUGCUAAUAACAGUAACAAAGCUACUGUCGGUUAUGGUGUAGUAUACAGUGUACUCAUCUUUUUGUUAUAAUCAUGUGAUUUGACUUUUUUGUAUCUUUCUCCACAGAAGUUACACUUCACUCACUGUAUUGUUAAACUAACACUAUGAAUAUCCUUUGUUUAUUACCUCUACAGUUAACGCUACCUUAAUCUCCCUACAAGCCUAGCUUUUUGUAAUUAAUGCUGAUAGCAUGUAUGUGCAACAUAUACUGAAAACUAAGAUUAGAAUUGCUACAGUUAUAUUUUUUGCCUAUUUACAAAAUGUAUUUGAACUACUAGAUCAGGGGUUAAGUACAUGUUGCUCAUCUGUAUUGUAUUCAGACAUCAAGCUGUGCUUUAAUUCAAGCCAAUGUUGUGACUCUUUAGUUUUAUGGAUAAAAGCUAUUGUCACUUUUUGAAAAAGCCAAUAAAUUCAAGUAAAACCGA